CUCCUCCUCGUCCAGGAUCAAAGUAAGGAGCACGGGCGAAGUUCGCGGAGCGCUCGUAGUUGGCGUUGUACGUUCGCAUGGUGUUUCCAUCCACUGCCCUUUCUGGGUCAACUAUCUCAGAAUCCAUGCCCAACGUCUUCACGUCCAUCCGCGCUGUAUGGGAUAAUCUCACCACCACACUACCCAUCAACAAUUUCAAGCAGGUAGCGUGCCCUACAACGAUCUGCAGAGUAUCGUCGGCCUUGACCGUGACGAUGCCGUCGCGCAUGUGUAUUGCUACGCGGGAAUGGUCGAAUGGGUCCGUGCUGGUCCCGACGAAGCUCUGGAGAGUACCGUUGAAACAGAAUGCGCCGAAGAGGGCCAAGGGCAUGGGAACAAACACGCUGCUCUUCACACAGCUCGACAAGAAGUUGCUCGUCUCUUCGGCUAACCUGGGCUGAAGGGCUGAUUCGGCAUGGUACCCUACGAAGUGGGAAGCGCUGCCAUGGGAAUGCAGAUUCGGGCACCGCUAAAAGUGUGCAAGUUCCAAGCGGUGCAGUACGUGCAAUCCCCCAAGUCCAACUAGCACCAUUGCUCGCAACAGCUUGAGCGAAAACGGACUCAAGCAAAAGGGCUUGAGCCAUGGCUCACAAGCGAGUUCUCG